AUGGUAACUUACAGAAAUAUUGCGGAAGAUCCCGCAUACAAGGACGUCCUCCCUGAAGACUUUGUCCACGGGUAUUCGUCGGCGUCAUAUCAGAUCGAAGGUGGCGCUACUGCCGGUGGUCGUGGGCCGUCCAUCUGGGACGAACACCUUCAGGAAGCAAAUCAAGACACUGGAGACGACGCUUGCGACUCAUAUCGGCUCUGGGAGCAGGAUGUUAGCCUCUUGCAGCAGUAUCGCGCCUCCGGAUACCGGUUCUCUGUCUCAUGGCCUCGUAUCGUCCCCAAUGGUGGCAGAAACGAUUCUAUUAACGAGGAAGGCAUCAAGUACUACAAUCAACUGAUUGACGCCCUUCUCGAUGCAGGCAUCGAGCCUACAAUCACCAUCCUCCAUUUUGAUGUUCCGCUGGAACUGCAUAAACGUUAUCGGUCUUUCUUGGCCACGGAUCCCAGAGAGCUGAUUGCCGACUAUACGUCGUUCGCGAAGCUAUGUUUUGAGAGAUUCGGAGACCGGGUUAAAAAGUGGCUCACUUUCAAUGAGCCUUGGAUUUUUCCGUCGCUCUUGUCGAUGGGUAUCGUCAAAGGCUUUUCCAAACGGGACUUUUUUCGUGUUGGCCACAAUAUUCUCCUGUGCCACAGCGAUAUUGUUCGUCUUUAUAGAUCUGAAUUCCAGCAAAAGCAAAACGGUCUAAUCAGUAUUGCUCUGAAUAGCGAGUGGGUGGAGCCGAUCAACGAUGACCCUCGAGCCGUCAAGGACGCGAAAUUAGCUAUCGAGAGAGACUUUGGUUGGUUCGCAGACCCUAUUUUUCUCGGCACUCAAACGACAGCCUGGGAUAAAUACGGCGACGACUUCCCUCGCCUCACUCAAGAAGAGCUCGCUCUGCUCAGGGGAUCUGCCGACUUCUUCUCCCUCAACCACUACGGCACUGGGUGGGCUACGGGUCAAGAAGUCCAACCCAAUGGCGAUCCUCGGUUCAAUAUGGACGAAAUCGAUAAAACCUUCGUCAAAGACGGCAAACCGAUCGGCAUGCGCGGAGAGGAAGGACAUCCACAUACCGUACCCUGGGGUUUCCGUAAGAUCCUGCUCUAUACCUGGGACAAAUACUGCAAAGACAAGAAUAUCCCCAUUGUUAUCUCAGAAUGUGGCUUCGCGGUCGAGUUCGAACAGCACAUGUCUCUCGACAAAAUUAUCGACGACAAGGCCCGUCAAGAGUAUCUGAACCAGUACAUCAAGAUCCUUUGUGAUGUCGUCAGAGAAGACGGAGUUCGUGUCUCUGGCUUUUACGUCUGGAGUCUGCUUGACAACCUCGAAUGGCUUUCCGGGUACGGCCCUAGAUUUGGAGUGACGCAUGUGGACCGCAAGAACGGAUUCAAAAGAACUCCCAAAGACUCGUCAAAGCUUCUCGCGGCGAUAUGGCGUCAUGUUGUCAAGAAGAACUAG